UUAGAUCAUAACAUGUUCUCUCGAACUCUGAUCACUUCAACUUUGCGUGGGCAGCGUCUGCGGAGUUCCCGAGCUGUUAUUCCUCGGCGUACAUUUUUUGGUCUAGGGGGCAACAAGGACUCAUCCGCAAUAGCCCCUGCAGCCACGGAGCAAACACUACGUGAUUUCCAGACUGCGCUGCAAGGCAAGCCACAACUUCUUCAGGCACUCAAGAACUUUGCGGCACUCCUCGAGAAUGAAGGUAUUUCGGUAUCAAGCGGAAAGAUGCCUGGCCCCCUGCAGCUCAUGAAACUCGCGAAAAAUCCCCAGUUUCUACAGUCGUAUGGACAGUUGGAGGCCGAAUUGAAAUCGGCGGGGAUAGAUGUGCGCUCCAAGGAAUUCUUGAAGGUCGCACAGCAGAUGAUGAACUCAAAGUCAGGUUCCCAAUAGACACCGUUCCAUACACUCCUCUGUUUAGUACCCCGACUGAAAUCCGACUUCGUGCUUGAGAUAAGCAGCUGCCCAAUCUGACCCAGACCGGCUUGG